CAGCGCGCGUGACGCAUUGAUUGUGCUGACUUCCUAGCGAGCACGACACAAGCAAGCGGAGCAUCAGAGUAAAAGUAUGUGAAUUAACGAUGUCCAGUGGAUAAAGUCAAACCAGGAUGAUCCACUAGCAAGACCUGAUAGUUCUGGUUUCUCUCUACAGGGUAUUUUUAAGUGUCAGGGUGGGAUAUUGGGAGAGAUGCCGUCCAAUAAGAGUGUUUCAGAUGCCCCGAUCACACAGUUUGUGAACUGCAGGAUACUGAAGGAUCACAAGCUGCAAUGGGAAGACCUGUGGGUCCGUGAGGGCAAGAUUUUGAACCCGGAGAAGCUGUUCUUCGAUGAGGAGGGUUUUGCGGAUCACAAAGUUGACUGCGAGGAUAACAUCAUUGCACCUGGAUUCAUAGAUGUACAGAUAAAUGGUGGAUAUGGCAUCGACUUCUCCCAGGCCAGCAGUGACAUCAGAGGAGGCGUGGCUUUGGUGGCCAAAAAGAUUCUAGAACACGGUGUCACUUCCUUUUGCCCGACCCUUGUCACGUCUCCACCAGACAUAUACCAUAAGGUCAUUCCUGAGGUCAAAGCUCAGGACGGAGGACCGGAGGGGGCAGGAGUUUUAGGUAUUCAUCUGGAGGGGCCAUUCAUCAGUGAAGAGAAGAGAGGCGCUCACCCUCCGAAGUUCCUCCGCACUUUUAAAGCAGGUGGCGUGGCCGACCUGAUGGAGACUUAUGGGCACCUGGACAAUGUAGCCAUGGUAACCCUCGCACCAGAACUAGCCAAUAGCGCGGCAGCAAUCCGUGAACUGUCAGGAAGAGGCAUUGCAGUGUCACUCGGUCACUCUAUGGCUGAUGUCUCUCAGGCUGAAGAGGCUGUGCAGCAUGGAGCCACAUUCAUUACACAUUUAUUUAAUGCCAUGUUGCCUUUUCAUCAUCGAGACCCGGGCAUUGUGGGAUUGCUCACAAGUGAUCGUGUUCCACCAGGUCGGACGGUUUACUACGGUAUGAUCGCAGACGGGAUACACACACACCCUGCAGCGCUGCGCAUCGCACACAGAGCCAAUCCCGCAGGGUUGGUGUUGGUCACUGACGCUGUGAUGGCAAUGGGUCUUCCUCCUGGUCGACACACACUCGGACAGCAGCAGAUAGACAUCCAGGGGCUUCACGCUUAUGUCUUAGGCACUAAAACUUUGAGUGGCAGCAUUGCGACCAUGGACAUGUGUGUGAGACACUUCAGAGAGGCAUCAGGUUGUACAGUAGAAGCUGCAUUAGAAGCUGCAUCGCUGCAUCCUGCUCAGAUGCUGGGCAUCAGUCACAGGAAGGGAACGCUGGAGUAUGGCACUGAUGCAGAUUUUGUAGUGCUCGAUGACACACUGACAGUCAGGGAAACCUACAUUGCUGGACAGCAGGUCUGGAGGAAGUGACAUCAUCUGGAGGACUGUCUUCUGCUGGGAUCAUUAAAGAUUUUUUUUAAUUACAAUUUCUUUCUCUCUUUGGACUUGGAUCACCAAAAAGGCAAAUUACUGCCAAUACAUAUGUGUUAUUCUCAUUAAAUUGAAUUCUAUUCAUUAAUUCCAUCCUGGAUAAAAAAAAAAAAACAUACUCCCUAUAUAUAUACAAAUCUAACUUGUUGAAAUGUGUAACCCAAAAAGUAAAAAAAAUCUAAAGGGUCCAGUUAUUUCAUUAAUUACCUACAUAAUUCAGUGCCCUCAAUCUAAUGUGAAACUGGACAGUUUAACCAACUGAUUUCCUCAAUGUUUCUGUUAUGUUCUUUUUACCUGUUACCAGAAUUUUUUGGUAUAAUAAAAAUGUAUGUUUGUGAAUCUGAAUGAGUAAGACGCACAUAUAACGGAUGUAUUAAAGAUAUCCAGCUUACUUGAA